AGUAUUAGGAUUAAGUUGCAGUUAACGGUGCGAUUACGAAAGCGAUAGCGCAAAGAUGGUCGCGGUAACAUACGGGUUGCUUACAAAUGACACUGACAGUCUAUCACCGACGCGGCCUCAAGCGCACGUGUCUCUGCUCCCAGCAAACAUACGUGUUGCUAACGAUAGUAUAUUAAAAGUAUUUUAUUAAAUUAUUUAUCAUACGGAGAUGUGUAAAGAAACCGGCUGGUGCUUAUAAACAUAUGUGAUUGUGACGUGACGUGAAAAUAAUUUAACUAUUGUUAUCAACAACAGAAAUGUUAUUGUUUUAUGAAACAAAGAAUGUGUAACCCAAGGAGUGACUCUCGUAUAAGUGGAUAAUAUUGAUAAGAUAAAAUUAUAUUUAUCACGUUCGUAGUUACGAAGUGCAGCGCAAGAGUGCUGUGCAAAAAUUGCGUCCUUCCUUUCCAUUUAAGUGCCACUAACGAUAUUUAAACGUACGCAGUACUUUGUGAAUAAUGCCACAUGAUAGAUUCGCUGAAGAGCUUAAACUAAAAUGCGUAUUAAAGAAAACACUUGAAUGAAAUAAGAAAAAAAGUUUUACUAUGACACUGACCAUGGGUGAGCGGUCUGACCAAGCAAUAUCAGAGAACAGCGACGAGGAGAGUGGUGAGGCCUUCACUGAUGGAGAUUUUGAAGAUUCAGAUGAUGAGACGGUUAUUGAACGUAGUGCGUCUAGUAAAACGUCACAUAUCCCCCUCAAUGAAACCGUGAAUUCCGAUAUCAAAAUUAACAACACGAUCGAUGAAACAGAUGACAUUUUAGAGGAACACAUUAAUGGUCAUAAAGAGAAGCUGAACGGCUCUGACGACGAUGAUAUUAAAAAUGUAAAUACAAGUAGCCACAGCAACGGUGAUAAUUCAUUAGAAGAUUUGCAUACAGAUUCGCAGAGCGAUAGCAAUGGAUCUAUCGUUGGAAUCCUCGGAGAUCAACAAAGUCACGCGGAACAACGGCUGGCAGCACGACGCGCGGCGCGGGCGGAGGCGCGAGAGAUACGUAUGAGGGAGCUGGAGCGACAGCAGCGCGAGCAGGAGGACCAUGCCGACAAGGCGUAUGAUAUGUACGCAGGCGUAGUACUGCCUAUUACAGAGACAGUGGGUCGGCGGACGGGCAGUCGGCUAGCGGCCAUGAGUCCGAGCGUGCUGCACUCGCCGAGACGAAGUUCGGAGGACUCGGACGAUGUGCUCAGCAUCAAGGACCUCAGGCAUGAGCUAAAGGAAGUCGAGGAAAAGUUUCGCAAAGCGAUGAUCUUAAACGCUCAGCUGGACAACGACAAGGCGGCGCUCGGCUACCAGCUCGAGCUGCUCAAGGACCGGAUAGAGGAGCUGCAGGAGGAGUACGCGCAACUCCAGCGCGAACACAAAGAGAAGUGCUCGAGUCACGAGCGGCUGAAGCGCGAGCACGCGUCGCUGGAGCGCGAGGUGGUGCUGGCGCGGGACGCCGUGCGCGCGCGGGACGCGGCGGCGGCGGCGGCGGGGCGCGCCUUCGUGGAGGCGGCCGCCGCGCCCGACGCGCUCGCCGGCGAGCCGUGCGGCAGCGUGCCGCCGCUCGCGCUCGUGUCGCACCACUCGCAGCAGCUGCUCGACGACGCCGGCGAGGGCACGCUCGACGUGCGGCUGGAGCGGCUGGCGGGCGCGAAGGCGGCGCUGGAGGGCGAGGUGCGCAAGCUGAAGCUGCAGCUGAACGACGAGCGCGCGGCGCGGCAGAACGGCGUGGCGCACCCCGAGCGCGACGUGGACUGCGAGCUGGAGGCGCUGCGCAAGGCGGCGUCCGAGGCCAAGGCCCGCGCCGCGCGCGCCGAGGCCGAGGCGGCGCUGCACGCGGCCGCCGUCGUGCGCCUCGAGGCGCAGGUCGCCCGUCUGCGCGCGCGCCAGGACCACCAGGACGAGCACGAGGAGCUGCUCAAGCAGGAGCGGCGCCGCCUGCAGCGCGAGGCGAGGGAAGCAUUAAACCGAGUCGAGGAGUUGGAAACGGAGAACAGUCACCUCACGAAACGGCUCGACAAACUCAAGAACGCGAAGUCCGCCCUGCUGAAGGACCUGUGACAUAACUGACCGUGCGGAAAAUAUUACGAAAUCACUUCAUAGUACACGAAGACAUUUAGCCGAUAUUUUUUUUUUUUUAAUUUUGAACGUUUUAGGAAUUCUGUAUUUGCAAGCUACGCCACAGAUAAUGUAUGUAAUGGUUACGAUUGAUUGUGAAAUGUCUUUGCUGUAACUUUAUAUAAAACGACCACCUGUGUUUUCCGCAGUCUAUUUUUAUUAUUCUAUGUUAUUCAGUUUAAAGACUUUAGCUGAGUCUGUGGUUUUUAUAAAUGAAAGUUGUAUAUUUUCGAUGGUAGCGAUGAUUGUUCGAAUUUAAAUAUGUUGACGUUUUCCUUAAUUAUUUUGGAAUAAUGAUUAAUUUUAGUUUAAUAAAUUACAUAUUUACACAAAUAAUAUUGAAAAGAAGGUAUCACAACAUACAUUUUUU